AUGGAGCCUUUACAAGAAAAUCAGGAUGGGUUAGAAAAUGAUAAUGAUCCUAAUAAUGUAAUAGAUAUGGAACCUUUACAAGAAAAUCAGGAUGGAUUAGAAAAUGAUAAUGAUCCUAAUAAUGUAAUAGAUAUGGAACCUUUACAAGAAAAUCAGGAUGGGUUAGAAAAUGAAAGUGGUCGAAGUGCUCGAUUAGAUAUAGACGUUUCUACAGAUGUUGAAGACAAGAGAAUAUUACUGGAGUGCGCAGUGGAUUCACUUAUAGACAGUCUUAGAUUUCCAAAUAGACACUGGACAAAAGAAACUAUUAAAGGGACAAUCGAUAACUUAUUUAAUAAAAUUUUGCAAGCCAGGGAUAGAGCAACUUUGAUGUAUUUUGUCAAUAAACUGAAGAACGAUCCAGAUAUAAAGAAGAAAUUACGUGAAUGUGAGGUUGAAAUGCAUGAUACAUUCCUGUCUAUAAUACAAGAAUAUGACGCAAAGAACUUAUCCAUCCAGAAAGGAUCUGUUUGUUUUCUCAUCGGUUUUUCGAGCGAAAAACCAUUGCAGAGAUUCCUUGGUGAUUUUUGCCGACGAGACAAACUUUUCAUCAGAAAUAUUUCUAAAAUAUUUCUUAGUAAACGUUUUUUGGGUAUUUUUCAAAUACCUCCAGAUAUAGUUACAUGGAAAGCGUCUGGGAUUAAAAUUUAUAAAGGACCAGAAUUGCUGCAAGAAGAAUAUUUGGAAGUUCCAUUAGUAGGGACAUACAAAGAUAUAGAAAAUGAUGAAGUGGAGUUCUCGGUCUCGCGAGGCCUCGGUGAUAGUGGACAGUGUUGCGCUAAUAAGUUCUCUGAACUGAGUGAUGACGAGGUGUCGGUGUUAUUCUGUUUUCUGUGUUCUGACUCCGGUCCUCCUGACUUCACUGACACAGAGAGGCUGGAGUUGCUUAAUGAUAUACGACAGGAAGUGUACCGUAAAUAUAAUCCUGUAACACGUGAGGAAGCACAUCAGACUCUGGACAAACUGAAGUCACGUGAUUACCUUUGGGGAGAUCAGGAGAAGAUAACGGAGGACACAAAGGACGAGACAAUGUAUAGGAUAGCAUCAGUAGACAGUGGUAUACCAUUCUGUUACAGUAGUUAUGACACAGCCAGUGUGUACCUGAGAUCAGAGGAAUACAACAGAAAACCUGGAGAGAAGUGUGUCACUAGUAGUGACAGUUUCUGUGAUUUCUUCCUGAUACGCCGUCUACAGAUGAACGUACUGAGUCACGUCACCAUGGAGGACACGAGUAUAUAUGAUGACAUAUACCAGAUAUGUAAAUACCAUACCUAUCCACCAGAAGCCCGGUGUCUAUUGUAUUGCUUAUUGUUAACUGAGAAUUAUCAGGUGAAUCUCAAUGAACAAUCAGAAAACAGUAUAAAAGACAAAAUCAGAGACAGAUAUUUCCCUGAUAUUAAUGAUGACGGUUCGGUAGAGCUUCCUGAUGAAAUCACAGAGACAUGUGACGGUGUGAUAACCUUUAUAUCAGACGACAUCCGACAUGAUGUCAUGUACGCCUUUGUUACGGAGUGUCUGGUGGAGGACAGUGAUCUGGAGUUUUUCCUGACCACGGCGUCUCGUGACGUUAUAUCAGAAUACUGCCGGUCCUGGGAUUAUGAGAGGAGUGAGGGAGAGAGAUGUCUUUAUGUACCGGACACACCGGGGAAGAUGUUCAACCUCUUCAUAAACAAUCUACAGCUGGAUAUCAUCACACACUGUACCGUGUCUGACAAGGGGAUUCAUUACAGGAUCAGUAGACGUUUAAACAUACCAGAGGAAAUUUUGAAAUGGGAUUUGAGUGCCAGAGAAAGAUUUGCUGAGAGUCUCCGCCAAGGAAAGGUUAAGAUGUUCCGUGCAAGAGGAAUGAUUGUGGGAUGCGCAGGCGCAGGUAAAACAACUCUUCUUAGAAAGCUCCAAAGGAAAUACAGAGAAGAUAACCAAUCUACAGAGACAACUGUCGGUCUAGAGGUCUACGAAGACUUGUUUGAAAUUAAAGAUGGCACUUUACAUGAUUUCAGUGUUAAUGCUGAAGAUUUUAAUGAUCCUUUUGAAAGAUUUCUACGGCUUAACAAGGAGGAAGAAGGAAAAGUUAUCCAAGGUAUUCAUCUUCACAGCAGCCGCGGUACAAAGCUGAUCAGUAUGACAGACUUUGCCGGACAAGUAGCUUAUUAUGCAUGUCACCAGGUUUACUUGUCACGGAGAGCGUUUUAUAUCGUGGUUAUUGAUAUGUCAAAGGGUUUAGAUGAAGAAGUUAGACUUUAUGACACUGAUCGCCAUAACCCUGAGGGAUCUUUGUUUCAUUCCUGGAAAUAUAAAGACUAUUUUCAUUUCUGGUUGCAAUCCAUACAAACAUACUGUGAUAUCGGAAAAACACACACAAUCCAGGAAACCAUGGAGUCAAAAGCCAGCUUUCAUCCUGUUAUUAUUGUUGCUUCCCAUGCAGACAAAGUGCUGAAAGAGGAUAUGCUGAGAACGUUUUACGAUGAACUGGAGAACUGCUUAUCUGAUGAUCAAUCUUUGAAACAUCUUAUAUCUCCAAACAGAUAUUUUAUUGUCGAAUGUCCACCAGAUGAAUUGUCGCCAAAACAACAGGACUCAAUUGAAUGCCUCAGAAAAUGUAUAGUAGAAACUGUAGAAAAGAUGCCACAGUGGGGAGAAAUAAUUCCUUUGAAAUGGGCAAAUCUUGAGAAAGUCCUGAUGCAGAUGAAAGAGAAUGGAAAGAAAGUUAUUUCAGUACAACAAAUAAAAGAAUUAAACAAUACGGAUUUACCUAGCGAUAGAGAUCUUGAUGAUGGCCUUAGGUUCCUACAUGAAAUAGGUCAAAUCGUUUAUUUUGCUGAGGAGAAAAUGAAAAAUGUUAUAAUUAUUGAUGUUCAGUGGUUUGUCGAUGCUUUCAAAUACAUCAUUACUGAUGAAAAACAUCUAGCUAGAAUGGUGAGCAAAAAUAAAUUGAUUAACACAGGAAGAAUAACUGAAUCUGAACUGAGAGAAAUAUGGGAAUGUACUAGAGACAGCUCUUAUAUUCAGCAUAAAGAUAAAAAUUUACCAUACAUGGACAAACUUGGAUUAAUGACAGAAAUUCAGGAUGAUCCUAGCGGUAAAACUUAUUACAUCCCAAGCAUGAACAGAACUGAGCUUACUGAUAAAUGUAGAGAUGCAAUCAACAAGGGACAGAAAACAUCCAUUAUGGUGUUCCAUUUCAAAACGUACUUGCCUCAUUUUUUCUUCUUUAGGUUGGUAGUAAACUGCUUUAGGGAAUGGAAGGCACUUGAUAUGGCGUUCAUUUGUAAAAAUGCAGCAUUCUACAUGGUAGAAGAUGCGAGCCACUACAUUGCAAUUGCCGUUAACAAAACGUCAAUCCAGUUACAGGUUUUUACUGCAGAUAAAGAUAUGGAUCUGCAGUCCCAAUGCGUCAUACAGAUCAGAAAUACAGUGGAACGUCUAAUUGACGAAAUAACGCAAACGUUUCACAGACACAUUGAAUAUGAGAGGGGGUUUUCUUGUACAGAUAUAAACAUUACAGAUGAGGAUGACGAGUAUUUUUUGAAGGAAAGUCAAAUUGUAGGAAUAAAAACAAUCACUGGAAAAGAAGAAAGACCGUGCCCGAAACAUGUUCUCCAAAACCCGCAUGAUAUUAACAAAUCUAAAAUGAUGCAAUUCUGGUUCAAAUAAAUCGUUACUUCCUUUUUCACAUUCGUAAAAAUAAGAAAGACGGUGGAGAGUCUGAUUACAGAAAUAACGCAAACUUUUCACAGAGAUAUUGAUUAUAAGAUUUGAUUUUCUGUCAGAAAAGAACAUUACAGAUGAAGAUCAAGAUUUUUUUUUAUUGGUGACGUUAUGAAAGUAAAAACAAGUUCUGGUAAAUAGCCAAGGCCUUGUCCAAAGCACACCAUGGAUUACACUCAUCAAUUUGACAAACAAGGUA